AAAAGGGGGCGGCCCCCCAACCCCCCCUCCCCCAAAUUGGGGGGGGAUUAAAUGCAUGAUGGGGGCGGGGAGGGGGGCCCUCCCUGCCCCAUUGCACCCUCCAGAAAGGUCGGACUACAACUCCCAUCGCGAGUUUGAAGUACGAAGAUGCCUAUAACCCGCGGAAUUUGCAAAGCUGGAGUCUUCCAAAGGUUACUAAGGCGCAUCCUUCAGCCCGGGAAGGGUUUACUCAAAUUAUAGCCAAUGACAGAGGUCACUUGCUACCUUCCAUCCCACGCUCUAAGGCUUCCCCUUGGGGUACCUAUAUGACCACUUGGGAUAUGCCCCUCAAAAUCCCACCGGCUAAGGUCUCGCUCACCUCCCGCUCCAUUGACGCGGCCGCCCGGCUCACCGAAUGGAUGAAUAAAUCGGCAGCCUUAAGCCAAGCCUGCAACGGAUUGUGUCCAGAAAUUGUCGGCAAGCCUUCCAUCCCGGUGAUCAAAGAAGCUGUCUCUAAACCCACUCGGACCUCCGGUAAAUCAUCCGAGCGACCUAUCUCAUCCGGGAAGAUGCCGGCUUUCGAAGAGGUCGGGUCCCGGGCGGGGGCUACCCCCAGCGGCCCACUGUCUCGCCAGCCCGGCAGCAUGGACCUCCGGCUGAAAGACGUCGGUGGGCCAGACGCCCAGGACGCCUACGAAUUGGAAGCCAAGCCCCCCAAGGAGAGAAGCAACGACGAUAUUCCGCUGUCUCGCCAACCGGGUUGCAUGGAUCUCCGUCUGAAGGACACCAGCCCCCAGCUGGGCGCGUCUAACCGCCCCGGCUCGCGGGAGCCCACCCCGAGGCGGACGAUCUCCGCCGAGGCCCCUCCGUCCGGUCGACCCCGGUCCCGGGAAGCGAGGCCCAAAGGUUUAGGGACCCCCGAGCCUUUGUCUCCCUGCCGUCCGGGGUCUCUGGAAGCGAACCCUCGCCCGGGGUCUCUGGAGGUCAACCCUCGAGGUGACCGUUCGCCGGAGGUUUUACCCUCUAGCCGGCCACUUACGAAAAGCAGGCAGGGGUUGGAAGUGCCGAAGACGGGAAGCGCCGAAAGGAACGCAUCCCGACCCCUUCCCUCCACAUAAAUCUUCCCGGAAGGCCAGAUUUAAUAAAAGAAAAGAAAACGAAACAAAAAGAAAUCAAUUACCAAUGCUUUAAAAAAAAAAAAAGCGGAAAGCGCCAGCCUUUUAAAAGCCUUUCUUUCUGUGUUUUUUUUUCCUUUUUUUGUGUGUGUGUGUGUGUGUGGUUGUUUUGCACUUGUGCCCGUUCAGAUAGAUUCUCCCACGCCUUCCCACCCUCCCCUCAAUCUCAAAUGUCCCAUUUGCGUCUUAGCAAAUUGGCUAAGGGCUGGGUUUUGCCAACGUGCGUCUCCUGGGCUUCAUGCAUGCUCUGGGAAACGAGUUGGCGGCGGGAGGUUCGACCAUCCGUAGGGUACCAAACACAAGUGCAAGGGUUCGAAAAAAAACCAAAAUCGCAGGGGGCGGCCGGACAAUGGAAGGGUGCCGUUUAACACCGGAGGGUUUGUUUUUUUUCUUAAUAAUUAAUAAAGCUA